UCACUAUUCACUGCUACUACGCAGAAUCCAAUUCCAGAGAGAGAGAGAGAGAGAGAGAGAGAGAGAGAGAGUAAGAGCGAAGCGGUGGAGGGGUCCAUCUUCCAUAAGCUCACUCUCUCUGGAAUUUUUACUUUCAAUUCAGCUAUGCUAAGUUUGGGAUCUUAAAAACAGCUUCCAAUUCAUCAGGAUUCAGUUGAAAUCCACUUUAGGUGAGCAGCUUGCUGUUUGCGAUGGGGAAAUCUCCGGCCAAAUGGAUCAAGGCUGUGCUUUUUGGCAAGAAAUCAUCCAAGUCUCAUUUAUCUAAGGAUGUUACGGGUGAGAAAAAAUCGUCUGCAAAAGCACCAUUGGGGGAUCUAGCUCUGAAUUCACCAGCUUUGGAUCCACCUGUUCAGAAUUUGGAUAGCGGUGGUGAGUGUGAUCAGGCUGGAUUGGAAAAGGGGACAAGCACUGACUUUGCAUGUGAAACCGCCUCAUUAUCUUCUGUGACACACGAAACAGAUCCGCAUGUUAAGGGGGAAAUUUCCACAGAUAAUGCUGAGCUGGAAAGACUAGAGCAUGCUGCCACCAAAGCACAAGCAGCCUUUAGGGGUUACUUGGCUCGUCGGGCUUUUCGAGCUCUCAAAGGCAUCAUAAGGCUACAAGCACUUAUUCGUGGGCACUUGGUUAGGAGGCAGGCGGUUGCUACUCUACGCUGCAUGCAGGCAAUUGUCAGGAUUCAGGCAUUAGCUCGUGGCCAAAGUGCUAGACUCUUACAUUCUGGAAAUCAGCUGGUUAGAAAGUAUAGUUUUGGAGAAGUUAAGAAUCCUGAGCAGAGGCCUUCAAAACUGACAGCUAAUGCAUUUCCACACAAGCUACUUAUGGCAGUGCCAACAGCCAUGCCCUUGAGCCUUCAGUAUGAUGCGUGUGAACCUAAUUCAGCUUGGCAAUGGCUUGAACGAUGGUCACUAUCUCGCUUUUGGGAACCCCUUCCACAACCAAAGAAAGUUGUUGAAGCAAAGUCGCAGAAGAAACAGGGUAACAAGCAGAGUGUUGAAACAGAAAUAGUAAGAUCAAAACGAAGUGUCAAGAAGGUUCUUACAUCAGCAAAUGGAGAUGCUUAUGCCGUAAGUUCCUCUGAACCAGAAAAAGCUAAACGUAACCCAAGGAAAUUCUCACAUCCUCACAUAGAGCCAGUGCCGGAUCAGCCUCAAAAUGAACUUGAGAAAGUCAAGCGCAAUUUAAGAAAAGUUUCUGCAGCUUUGGCAACACCUUCUGAAAGGUCAGAAACAGAAAGUGAGAAGGUACAACAAACUCCUAAUCUGGCUCAGGCUCAAGCUCAAGCUAAAACAUCAAAAUCCUCAGCUCCAGAUGUUGAACAAAUAGUGGUUAAUUCUUCUGAGAAAACGGGUGAUUCAGCUCCUGAAAUUGAGAAAUUGGCUGUAACUGAGGCUCCUUUACCUGUAGCAGUGGAUGAACCAAGUAAUGAACUGCUUGAUCAUCCUACCACUGAGCAACAGCAAUUGGAGGAUGUUGGGAACACUGCAAACAGCCCAGUCGUCAACGAGGAGCUUAGCUCGAUGGAAGAUCACACUGCCAAAGAAAGAACUAGGAGGAGGAAAUCUCUUCCCACUAAGCAGGAGAAUUCUGAGAAUAUUUCACAUAAUACACCAAACGUGCCUAGUUAUAUGGCUGCCACUCAAUCUGCUAAGGCAAAGCUUAAAGCUCAAGGAUCUGCUAAGGUAAGUGAAGAUGGAGCUGAAAAUGGUUUUGUUCGGCGUCAUUCUCUACCUUCCUCUACCAAUGGCAAAUUCAACACAUCGUCACCUCGAGUGCAAAGGCCAGUGCAAGCAAAUGGAAAAGGUGGAAACAAGAACAGACCAAUGUCAUCCUCUAAAGAUGAAAAGGUGCUCCACCCUGGUUGGAAGAGAUGAGUUCAACAUUGUGCUUACUCAAGGAACUUUAGUACUGCUUGUGUUGACGACAUCAAUUGGUUCUUCCGCUACUUUCUGUAGAACUUUAAACUGCAAAUUCCAAAUAACUGUUGUUUGAUAUGAUAUCAUAGCAUAUUUCGUGUUUCUAUUAGUAUUGCUGGGGCUGUUUGCAGGGAUUGUAUAGUUGGUUGUAGACCUGGAGACUGUUUUGUUUAACAGGAUUCUUGUGAUAUAUUCUUUAUCUUUUUUUUUUUCAA